AUGGGCUCCGACGAUUACAAAACCAUUGGCGGCGGCGCCCUCAAGCUGAAAGGCGCAAAAGUCGGCAAGAAGAAGAAGAAGACGGCCAAGUCAGACCUGGAAAAGAACCUCUCGACCGGAAAUGAUGCCGCACUCGUCAAAAGGGACGAUCAUGGCGACGACAGCCGCGAUAAGAAAAAGAGUCCCAUAGACGAUGAUCGUCACAGCAAUGAAGAUGGCGAGGACAAGGAAGAAGAUGGACCAGUGGUGCUGAAGACGGAGUCUGAGCGACGGUACGAGGAAGCAAGAAAGAAGAGGCUUCUCCAGAUUGCGCAAUCGUCUGGAUCGAGACCCGAGUUGUUAAAGACACACAAAGAGCGCGUCGAGGAGCUGAAUACGUACUUGUCCAGGCUGAGCGAGCAUCAUGAUAUGCCCAAAAUCGGACCGGGCUAA